UGUUUGCAUCGGGCAGUCGAUACAGCGCGCGGGAAGGGACGCGCGGCCGUGCACAGCGCUUAGCAAAAACAUUUUACGAUUACCAAAGACUUUAGUUCAGUGAAAGAUGCCCAAUAUUAUAAACGAAGUUAAAUUGGACUUCAAAGAUGUCCUCCUGCGACCCAAACGAAGCACGUUACGCAGCAGAAAUGACGUGGAUUUGUAUAGGGAGAUCACAUUCCGUAACUCGGGACAGACGUAUAAGGGAGUCCCUGUCAUGGCAAGCAAUAUGGACACCGUAGGCACUUUCGAAAUGGCACGGGAACUUUCUAAGCACGGGCUAUUCACAUGCAUUCACAAGUAUUACACUAUUGACGAAUGGAAGAAGUUCGCUGAGGAGCAUCCAGAAUGCUUACAACAGAUGGCUGCCAGCUCAGGUACAGCAGAAGCAGAUUUCGAGCGCCUGGCGGAGAUCCUGAACACCAUUAAGGACCUGAAGUUCAUAUGUUUAGACGUGGCCAAUGGAUACUCACAACACUUCGUUGAAUACGUGCGAAAAGUUCGGGCUGCCUUCCCCACUCAUACUAUCAUUGCUGGAAAUGUAGUAACCGGUGAGAUGGUAGAAGAAUUAAUUUUGUCUGGAGCUGACAUUAUAAAAGUAGGAAUAGGACCAGGGUCAGUGUGCACUACUCGCAUCAAGACGGGUGUCGGAUACCCACAGCUGUCCGCUGUCAUAGAGUGCGCGGACGCAGCGCACGGUCUCAAAGGACAUAUCAUAUCGGAUGGAGGAUGUACAUGCCCUGGUGAUGUAGCAAAAGCAUUUGGAGCUGGAGCAGACUUCGUGAUGGCUGGUGGCAUGUUUGCCGGCCACGACCAAUGCGGUGGUGACGUGGUCACCACUGCCGAUGGAAGGAAGGUCAAGCUAUUCUACGGCAUGUCCUCGUCUACUGCCAUGCAGAAACAUUCUGGUGGUAUCGCAGAGUACCGGUCUUCGGAAGGUAAAACGGUAGAAGUGGAGUACCGGGGUGACGUAGGGGCCACAGUCAAGGACAUUCUAGGAGGUCUAAGAUCAGCCUGCACUUACGUAGGAGCCGCCCAUUUACGGGAGCUCCCAAGAAGAGCCACCUUCAUAAGAUGCUGUAGACAAGUCAACGAUACCUUCUCCUAAAUAGGAAAAUUUUUCUCAAAUCUUAAUAUGAUAGUCGAAUCUGAUUGCGAUAAUAAAGGCUCAUUCACACGAUAAUUUUCUUGUACAUACGAGCGAUAAUUUAAUUCAAUAAGUAUCCAAAAUUAGAUGAAACUGUUUAUACGCAAAAUAAAAAAAAUAAUGCAAAUAUUGACUUAAAUCCAAUAAGGAAAGUUUCCAAAUAAAUGUUGUAUUAAAUCAAUUGAUUUCUAAUUCUAUGAAAAUGGACCUAUAAUAUAAUUAUAUUGCUUGAAGGAAAGGUUUACUGCCCAUGACUCCUCAUUUGACGAAUGUAUGCAACCUACAAAUGACAAUAGGCGGCCUACAAAUGACAAUAGGCCGCCUACAAAUGACCAAUGCUGGUAUCUGGCUUUCAAACAAUGAAAACUGUCCACGAAGCGGCAACGAUGCGUCACUCACUCAUACAAAUCCGCCCUCAUUGUAGAUUGCAUGCAUUCGUAAAAUAAAACAUCAUAGACUGUAGGACUUAGGCAAGAAACUUGUAUCGUGUGAAUGAGGCUUUAAAAUCUAAAUAUGAUAGUGCGAUUUAAUGCGAUAGUCUUGCUUUGAUAGUUGAAUCUAAAUGCGAUAGUGGAAUCUUACUGUGAUAGUGAGAUCUAAUUGGGAUAGUUUAGAUCAAAUUUUGCCGUGUUAUUAUGAGAUUUUGAAAUUGAUGUUGUUUAUGAAGAUCUGACUAAGAUAGUGGGAUUUUACUUGGAUAAUAAGAUGUUAAGAUUAUGUGGAAUUUAUUAAAGUACGUAAAAUGUUUUAAUUAUAAUGUUAUGGAGUAACGGUUUCUUCUUACAUCAAAUACCUAAUGAAAACAUUAUUUCGGUCCUAAGAAACUCGUUUUAAAAUAUCGAAAAGAACACGUUACUUCAUAACACUAACUUUAUUGUUUUUAAUUAUGAAAUUGUAACGUAAUUUCAAUGCAUUAAGGUUUAAAAGGACUUGGCAAAAGUACCAAUUAAUAUAAUUUUUAAUAGGACUUAUGUAUUUGCUAGUGGAGACCUUAAGUUUCCCUUACGCCUACUAGCGCCAACUGGCGGGAAGUUAGGGAAGUAAUGUUUUUUUUCUACAAGUGAAAUAAGUGAAUUUUUAUUUAUUCAUUUUACUACGCUAUUGUCCUUUAAACUUAAUGAUCUGUGAAAUAUCCAAAGAUUUUUUCGAUGAGAUGUGAGAUGCUUUUUAUGACUAUUUAUAAAUGUGAUUGGUAAGGCUUGAGUGGUUAUAUGACGGUUUAAUAUUAAAUUGGGUUAAAGCGGUAAAAAUAUAUUGACGUGGUCAACCGCUAGUCCGUAUGAUCUAUAUAAGAUUUGUAUAUCAGUCACAUUUAUAAGCAGUUAUUUCUUAUAAAAUAUCUAGAUAGAAAAACUAAAUACUGCGUACAUUUUCUGCUACCCUAGUAUAUACACGUGCAUAAAAACCAUACUCUAUUACCAUAAACCUACAAUUUACAGUUGUAACAACCGAUUUUGAAUUCUAUUGCGUAAGAAAUAAGACAAUAAUGUCACUUGAUAUCAAAAAUGUUUGUAAACAUUUACUAUUGAUCAAGCUUUAUUUCAAUGCAAUAGAACUCAAAAUGGUGAGACGAAUCUUUGAGUAGAGGUUGUUAAUAAUGCUAAUACAAUUGCAGUUAAACGUGAUUACACGAAUAUAUGCCUUGCGUAGAUAUAAUUAAGAGUGAUUUUACAAUGACGCUAUGGAAUUAGAAUCAUCUUUUUAAAUAUUUAAUCUGUUGUUAGUUGCCUCGUUUGAAAGACAUCAAUAAAA